AUGAUCCCAUCGCCAGGGCAAGCGCUUGACAAGCUCCCUGAUAGUGCUUUCCAACCAGAGCCACCCCAAGUCUCGUACCCUCCGGACAACUGUCCGUUCUAUUCACCCGACCGCGACGCAAACACAGGACGCUUGUUAGCGGUUCGACCCUGCAAGCUCGUUGAUUUAGACGGGUUGGCAGUAGCGUGGUUUCUCCCCGACGUACUUUCGACUGCACGUCAGGCAGAGAUCAUCGACUCGCUCCGAUUGAUGGGCGGUCUCAUGGCGGAUGGUAUCAAACAGAAUGACAUCAACGACGCACGAAACUCGAGCCUGCUGUUCAAACCUGCAGCCGAUUGUAAUGCAGCUGGAGCCGGCUGCAUAAACAUAUCACCUGCGUGGCAGAUGCUCGGGCACGAGACAGAAGAUUGGCCUCCGAAAGCCUCUGCAAACUGGCAGAAAAACAAGACGGCGCUUAGCAGCUGGGUUGCUGCGUCUCGAGACGUCUUCGCCCUCAUAUCGGCAAUCUUGAGCAUCGUUCAUCCAGAACAGUACCGACAGGGGAUUCUUUGCAUGAAAGCGAUGGCACAAAAGCCCGGGGUUGGGCCGUUUGCAUCUCUCUGGGCGUCCGCCUUCAACGCCGCCACUAUCAUUGCUAACCGAGAAACGCUGUUUCAUUGGGACCGACGUGGGCGUCAUUGGUGGUUUGAUAUUUUGGCGACAUGUGGGAAAUACACCGACGGCCAGUUCUCUCUGCCUGCCACCGGUAUUGAUUUUCAUUACCGACCUGGCACCGUCGUGCCAUUCUGUGGCAACGUACUCUGCCAUGCUGUGCCCCACUGCAUUGGGGAACGGAUUUGCCUGGCAUUUUACAUGAGGGAUGUUUUACAUAGGAUUGCAAAGACAGGGGACGGAUCGUGGUCAAAGUCUAUUUUCACAAAGACAUAG